ACAAAAGAUAAUACCGUAAGUUGAGUGGUCCAGCGCAAAGUGCAAAAUAUUAUCGUCUGCUGUUCCGAAUGACUCAUUCGAAUUAUAGAAAAAGAAUUUAUCUGUUAGAAUAAGAACAGCAAAAGAAUCGGAUUCCUUCUUGAGGGUAAUUACGAUUGACAUUUGUUGGGGGAUUAGCCUGAAGGAAAAACCGCCCCCCACCCAAGAUCCUAUUUUUGGGGGUGAUUUUGUCCUAUUGGUGGAGAACGGGCGUUGCUAAUGUGAGGCAGAUUGUGCGUUCUCCUCUUCUAACCGCGAGGUUUUUAUCACCAAACGAUAUACUAUGUCAACAAGCGAGGAAAGGAAGGAAAGACUGUAGUAGAAGUUUGUGGUUCUGAAUAUUGCGGGCUCAUUGUAGAAAAGGAAUUCUGAGGAAAUGUUUUGGGGUUUGUGUCUGCAGUUUAUCGUUUGGACUUAUGUGACGGCACGUGCAAAUAUUCUGAUUGAUUCCGAUGGAGGAUACAAGAAUGUGGUUGUUGCAAUUGACUCAAAAAUUCCAGAAUCGAAAAUAUCAAAUCAUCUGAAAGAACUAGAGAUCCUUUUCAACAAUGCAUCUAAGACACUUAAUACCGCUACCCGUGGCCAAACCUUUUUCAAAGAAAUCGUUUUCGCCGUCCCCAAAAAGUAUCGAUCAACUCUAUCACAAAUACAGUGGAUUUCUGAUGGUAGCUAUUUCGCGAAUCCAGAUGUGAUCCUCACCUCAGAAGACCCGUUCAGCGGACCGUACACUCUGCAGAACAAAGGAUGUGGCAAACCCGGAUUGAGGAUUCAUGUGCCGGAAGAAUUUCUGUCCAACAAAGGAACGGAAAGAGCAAAAGCAUUCGUCAAAGAAUGGGCGAAAUACCGAUAUGGAGUCUUUGAUGAAAAUGGAUUCACUGGUGACACCCUCUAUCCUGCUUGCUAUACCAUUCCUGGAUCUAAUACAACCAAAGUGAAUGAUUGUGCUGAUAAGAGUAUCGUCUAUAACUUAAGACAAACAUCUAAGGAGAAGCCAGAGUUCUGUAAUCCGGUGCCGGUCUACGGCAAAAAUAACCAAGUGACCUCGUCAUUGAUGAGCCGAACAGACCUUCCUCAGGUGAUUCAUUUCUGUGACGAUGACAAUCAUCCUCACAAUAGAAACGCCCCGUCGAAGCAAAAUCUCUUAUGCAGAGAACAGAGCACGUGGAAUAUAAUAUCACAGCAUGCGGAUUUCAAAUUGAAACCAAUAAAGAGAGUAAGAAAUGUGAAAGAUACAGUAAUAUUCAAGUAUGUGAUAGAACCUGAAGUGCGCUUAAUUGUAGCUGUUGAUACUUCAAACGCCAUGCUUCUGGAAGAUAGAUUGGAUAUGGUGCGUAAUGCUUUUUCGUAUUUUGUGCUCUACAAUCUUCCAGAGUUUUCAGUGGUAGGACUGAAAAAUUUGAAAAAUAGAAACAACCCCUUACUCGUGACUGUCAAAACUCCUGCAGAUGCCGAACAACUCAUCGAUGCCUUCCCCGAACAAUACGGCGAAGAAGAGGUUUGCAUACAUUGUGGAAUAGAGCAGGCCUUACAGACCCUGAAAAUGAACUCAGAAAUUUCUCAAGGUCAAAUAGUGGUCAUAUCCGCAACGGACAUCGACGAAUCUCGUGUGGCGAACUUGGAAAAUGUUCUCCAGAAAAACAAAGUCGUGCUGCAUGUGUUGUAUUUUAGAAAACGAUUGAAAGCUGCCCCACUUCUGCAGAAAUUGACCUUUGUUUCCGGAGGUUCUUUUUUCUAUAUACCCGAAGAUUUUAAAAGUGGCAACAGCAUGUCAAGUCUUACUUUAAUCUAUGAGGCCUUUCGAUCGAUUUAUGAAUCGUUUUCGUGGACAAAUAAAAAUCACGUUUUGGUAGAACAGAAAACCUUUACUAAGGAUGAUUGUACCACAUGUUCCUUAUCUUUCCAAAGUGACCCAAGUAUGGAAAACUUCCAAGUUCUUCUGACAGGCCCGAUGUUUUUAUUGGGUCCCCCUGUCAUUCGAGACAAAACAGUUCUCAGCAAUGGAAAUCAAAAUUUUUCAGCUGGGCAUUCUUCGUAUUCUUACAAGAUAAAGAUUCCUGCUUAUGUUUUCACCAUAAAAAAUCCUAAGUCCAAUGAAUGGUCUUUAACAUUUGAGAGAAGAACCGACUUUAAUAAGCCAACUGUAGUCAUUGUCAGAGCUUCUGGUUCGAAGAAAGAUGGAAUUAUCAAUAUGAAAACUUGGAUUAAUAUAGAGGAGACCUCUAAGGAUAUGCUGCCAAACCGUCCUCCUAUAACUUUUUAUUCGGAAGUGAAGAAGGAACAUUUACCUGUUUUGAAUACCACAGUGUCUGCUAUCCUAUACCAUCCUGAAUCAGGGGAAGAAGUCAGAUUGGAUCUCAUGGACCAGGGAGAUGGAGAUCCUGAUAUAACCGCCUAUGAUGGACUAUUUUCUCGUUAUUUUUCUGAAGUGCCAAGAAGUGGAUAUUAUAUUUUAAGUACAGUAGCUGAAUCAUUUACUUCCGGCAAUCAAUCUGGAGAAUUGUCAGCAGUUUCAAAAUCUUUCCGGUGCUGUGGAAGUUCUUAUCCUUCAGAAAUUACUUACGAUGCUGGGCCGUUCAAGCGCAUUGCAACCUAUGGAAGCUUUUAUGUAGCAGCUGAAAAUGCAAGGAUUAGUUUUCCACCAAGGAGGAUCAGUGACCUACGAGUGGAACAAGUGUUGAUGUUAAAGAACAGAAUGACCUACCUUUUAAAGUGGACAGCUCCUGGAAAUAAUUAUGACCAUGGGCAAGCCACUGACUACCAACUAAGAAUGUUCAGUAGCCGUGAUGAUGCCUUGAAUAAUUUUGAAUCUGAUUAUGUUUUAAUUAUUGACAUUUUCCGCAUUCAUGGUCAAAUACUGGAACCACUUGAUGCUGGAUCUUACCAAAGUCUUAUAAUUGAACCUAUAAAUGCAACGAGUGGAGUAUAUUAUCUGGCUAUGUGCACAGAAAACUCUGAGGGAAAGUUCUCUGAAAUUUCGAAUAUUGUUGAAAUCAAUUAUGAUGCACCUUUCAUGCCUUUUAUUAAACCCACAACUCCUUCAAUCACGGACAUAACAGCUGACCCUACUGAUUUUCAUCAAGGCAAAGAACCAAACGGCGACAAUUUCAGGCUUGCUAUAGGAUUAUCUAUUGGUUUUCUGUUUUUGUUUGCCAUCAUCGGAAUUAUCCUUUUCCUUUACUGUGCUCGUAGACGCAAAAAUCAAAAAGAGGAAGAAGCAAAACGCCAAAAAAUCCUUUCCCAAUUUGGUGGGGGGGCGUCUUUGGAGGAAGUUCACAAAGCAGAAUCACGUGAUGCACUGUGUCAAAGCAACAAUGCUCUAAAUGUGUCAGUCAUCAGUCCGGUCAAUUCUUGGACAGCAGGUACCCUGAUCUCACAUUACGAGACCUUGCAGAAGAAUAAAAAUUCAGACUCCAGUGAAAGUUCAACAAUUCAACCAAAGGAUAUGUCGGACACAAAUUCAACAACAUCAAGCAAGUACUCAUAUGUAAACAAAGUGGAUCCAAACUCUUCACUUUAUGAUACAAUAUAUUUUCCACCACAACACGAGAAGGGAGAUAUUAAUUAUCCAUAUAAUCCAACCUAUGGUCCAUUUAAUCCACCUUACACUUCUUCCUUAAGGAGGACUCCUGAAAGUCAACCUUAUACAUCACCUCGCCGUCAGACUCCAGAAUAUAGUCAAAUUUAUUCAUCUCCUCGUCGUCAAAUUCCAGAGGUUAGUUCAAUAGGUCAUGGCUAUUCAACGAGUAGCAUCAAUUUCUACACCUACAAGUCAGAUAGAAGUCCUGUGCAUCAGCUUGGAACAGAUUUGUGAUAAAUUUCACCUGCUUAUUUAGUCAGUAGGCAGAUCAUAUUUUCAUUUUUAAGUGUCUGUCAUUUAUGUGUAGUCAUAUUUUUCAUCAAUGGAUUGAGCAUUUAAUUAAUAUGACUUUUUUUUUUUUUUUACUAGCUUCUUUUAGAUGAACUAAUAUACUGAAAUAUCUUAUGAUCCACUUGAGAAAACUGUUAUAAAAUGCAAAGAAAGAAUGCACUAAAAAAUGAAAUACAGAUUUUAUAUAGGAUUACUUAUGUAUCAUUUCAAGUUAUAUUUUUACAAGAAAAUUACAAUGAAUAAAUCUUCCGUACUUGUAAUUAUAGAAAUCACCAGAAAUGAAAAGUUUGAAUAUAAAACUAUUUUCAUUUUUAAAUGUUUAAUUUAUAUAAUUUUAUCGUUUAUUUAUUGACUUUUAUAAAUAUGAUUUUAGACUUUGAUUUAUGGAAAAUAAGAGUUUAUUAUUUUUAAAAAAUUAAUUCUUUAUUUCUUGGACAAAUGCUUUAAAGAAAAGAAAAGAAAAUUAAUAAGUAAUGCAAUACAUUUCACUAUUUAAAGUGAAGAAGCUUGCUUAAAAGAUAUAUGCAUUUAAUUUCAAUCAUAUUGUAAUUAAUAUUUUCAAGAUAAAGAAAAUACUAUGUAAAAGUCAGUAAAAUUAAUUAUAUCAUGAGAGAAUUUGUAAAUCUUCAUC